AAGUCCGUCGUCCUGCCCUGUUCCUGCACUAAACUACAACACACAACAGAAAAGCUCACAUGGUCCAGAGGACAGAACCAAACGCUACACAGGAAGAGUUUGGCUGGUUCAUCCUCCAGAUUCAGGAGACUUCUCUCCGCUCAUAUCUAACCUGACUGAGGAGGAUGGAGGGGUGUACAGGUGUAAAAUCGGCAAUAGUUCUAAAUAUAUUCAGCUCAACGUAACAGACACAGAGAUGCCAACUUCUUUAAUCAUCGGUGCUGCUGUGGGGGGUCUGCUGCUCUUGAUGGGACUUGGUGUGGUCAUCUACUGGAGAUACAGAGGACGGAGAGACGGACAGACAGGAAGCCGAGAGAAACAACCAGGACAACAGGAAGCACAGGAUUAUAACGUCAUGUUUUUACACAUUGGUUACAUUCAUGACAGGAACGGUAGUUAUUCAUUACACAAGGUUAUAUCGACCACAGUCAUGGACAAAUUUAGUAUCUUCAAUUCACCUCACUUGCACGUCUUUGGACUGUGGGAGGAAACCGGAGCACCCAGAGGAAACUCACGCAGACACGGGGAGAACAUGCAAACUCCAAGGACCCGGACCGCCCCACCUGGGGUUCGAACCCAGGACCUUCUUGCUGUGAGGCGACAGUGUUACCCACUUAGCCACCGAGAGAUGCAGAUGUUUGUUCUUCUCUUCCUGUCAGCGCUUCAUCUUACUGAAGGCUGCAGUGAACUGAAGCAUCAGAGAAAAGUGACGGGAUUUGUGGGACAGUCCGUCGUUCUGCCCUGUUCCUACACUGAAUCACAGCCAACAACAGAAGAGCUCACAUGGUUUUUUGUAAACAAGAAUUGUACACAAAUUUACGCAAAUAACAAAACCGAGCGCUACACAGGAAGAGUUCAGCGGGUUCAUCCUGGUGAUUCAAGAAACUUCUCUCUGCUCAUAUCUAACCUGACUGAGGAGGAUGGAGGGGUGUACAGGUGUAAAAUCGGCAAUAUUUCUAAAUAUUUUCAGCUCAACGUAACAGUUUGCAGUAAACUGAAGCGUCAGAAAAAAGUGAUGGGAUUUGUGGGACAGUCCAUCGUUCUGCCCUGUUCCUACACUGAACCACAGCAAAGAGCAAAAAACAUCACAUGGCUUUUAAGAAAUCAUAACUGUCAUCAUACAAAAAUCUACCCAGAGGACAGAACCAAGCGCUACACAGGAAGAGUUCAGCUGCUUCAUCCUGGUGAUUCAGGAAACUUCUCUCUGCGCAUAUCUAACCUGACUGAGGAAGAUGGAGGGGAGUACAGGUGUAAAAUCGGCAAUAUUUCUAGAAAUAUUCAGCUGAACGUAACAGACACAGAGAUGCCAACUUCUUUAAUCAUCGGUGCUGCUGUGGGGGGUCUGCUGCUCUUGAUGGGACUUGGUGUGGUCAUCUACUGGAGAUACAGAGGACGAAGAGACGGACGGACAGGAAGCCGAGAGGAACAACCAGGACAAAGGGGGCAGCAGGAGGCACAGGAUGAUGUUUUGUACUCUACUGUCGUCCACAACAACACGACCAGAACAACAACAACAAAUGCAUGGAUCGAACUUGGAGAGACUGAAUACGCCACAGUCAACCUGAAUUAACACACACACACACACACACAUGUACACACACACACACAUACUCUGUUAAGGAUGAAUCUUUUAGUUCAAAAGGUCCUGAAGAAAGCAAUCGGGAAGUCCAGAAAGUACUCUUUAAAACACUUUAUUAAGUGUAAAAAUGAUCUGUGAAUAUAU